CUCAUAUACACAAACGGACAAAAAGGGAAGGGUGAGAGACAGAGGAAGGGAGAGAGAGACAUAGGGGCAGAGGGAGAGCGAGCGUUGAGAUAAGAGCUGCUACCGCUGCUCCUGAAGGAAAGAGGAAACAUGAGCUCAAAGAAAGUGAUGGCCAUCCAGGCCAGGAAGAGGAGGCCGAAAGGGAAAAAGGACAAAACGGGUCAGCACCGGAGGCCUGAGAAUCAGCAGAAAGCCCCGGUGACUGCCCCUCCUCCACCGCCACCUCCUCCACCUCCCCCUGAGCCGACAGGGCCUCCAGAGCCGGAGGAGGAGAUCCUGGGCUCCGACGAUGAGGAGCAGGAAGACCCCGCAGACUACUGCAAAGGAGGGUACCAUCCAGUGAAGAUUGGGGAUUUGUUCAAUGGACGGUACCAUGUGAUCAGGAAGUUGGGAUGGGGCCACUUCUCCACCGUGUGGCUAUGCUGGGACAUACAGGUGAAGAACUUUGUGGCCAUGAAGGUGGUGAAGAGUGCCCAGCAUUACACAGAGACCGCCCUGGAUGAGAUCAAACUGCUGCGAUGUGUGAGGGAGAGUGACCCCGGUGACCCCAACAAGGACAUGGUCGUCCAGCUGAUAGAUGACUUCAAGAUCUCUGGCGUCAAUGGCAUACAUGUGUGUAUGGUGUUUGAGGUACUUGGUCACCACCUGCUGAAGUGGAUUAUUAAAUCCAACUACCAAGGUCUGCCACUGCCAUGUGUGAAGAGCAUCAUCAAACAGGUCCUGCAGGGUCUGGACUACCUCCACACCAAGUGUAAAAUCAUCCACACAGACAUAAAGCCAGAGAACAUACUGAUGUGCGUGGACGACACAUUUGUUCGACGCAUGGCCAUGGAGGCCACAGAGUGGCAGAAAGCAGGAGCCCCGCCGCCGUCGGGAUCAGCAGUUAGCACAGCUCCUCAGCUCAAACCGGUGAGUACAACAGAUGUGGGAAAGAUUUCCAAGAACAAAAAGAAGAAGCUAAAGAAGAAACAGAAGCGUCAGGCGGAGCUGCUGGAGCGGCGGAUGUUGGAGAUUGAAGCCCUGGAGAGAGAAGCCGAGAAGAGGGAAGAAAGAGCCAAAGAUGGAGGAGAGAAGGAGGAACUGGAACGCAACCCGGCGUCACCGCUGCAGUCACUGCCACCGCAGAUCGGUCCCAGCAUCGCCCUGGGAGAGAGCGACGAGGACGACGACGAUGAUGAUGAUGGAGAAGACGAGGACGAGGAGGAGGGUGACAGGGAGAGGCCCGUCAGGUUGACAAAUCAUACAUGUGCAGCCUCCACCCAGGAGACGAUCAACAUACUCCACAUAACCGAUGAGGAGGUGGACGAGGACGAGGAGCCCACACCAACUGCUGAAAAAAAUGCUCCUAUUCCGCCCGUCCCAGAGGAAGGUAAUGGAGAGCUAACUCAAACAGAGGAUGAAAAAGAGGAGGAGAAGAAGGAGGUAGAAGAGAGAUUGAAAGCAACAGAAGAUGAGAAUGAAAACAAGGAAAAGGAAGCCAAGUCAGAGGAGGAGGAGGAGGACGAGGAGGAGAAACAAGAGUUAGAGAAGGAGACGGAAAAAGACGGAUCCACAGAAGAAAGUGAAAAGGAAGAUGAGUCCGUGCUGGAAGAGGAGAAAUCAAAGGAGCAGAAUGAAGAGUAUAAGGAGGUGAAAGAGGAGGAGGAGAACGAGGAUGACGACACAACUGCAGAGAUCCUGACAGACAACACCUCCUCCAUCGAACUGCACAACAACAAGGCCAACACGGCCAAGACCAACGGUCACAUUCUGUUGGACACAGAGGGACUCAAAGUCAAUCCUGGUUCUUCUCCAGCUCAGUCCACUACCCCAGAGCCUCUCCUCUGCCCCCUGGUGGAGUCUGAGCUCAGCUACACAGACAGAGACUUCUCCCUCAGCUCUGGUUAUGAGAUGUACAAUGGCGAGCUGGCUGAACCCCCUCUGACCAACGGCUCCAAUGAGCGCCACCUGUGCACAGAGCCCAUCUUUCCAGAUUUACCCCUGGACCCUGAGCCAGGAAACCCCUUACCUGUCGGGAUGGCAGACAUUGCGGCAGGACCAUCACCCAACAGUCCCAUUGCUGACCGCAGUCGCACCGUAUCUUCUUCCAGCACAGGAGACACACCUAAGGUGAGAGCCAGAGCUGCGGACCUCCUCAUUAACCCACUCGACCCUCGCAACGCCGAAUCUAUUCGAGUCAAAAUUGCAGAUCUCGGAAAUGCCUGCUGGGUGCAUAAGCAUUUUACGGAGGACAUUCAAACGCGACAGUACCGUGCCAUCGAGGUCCUGAUCGGAGCUGGUUACAGUACUCCUGCAGAUAUCUGGAGCACCGCCUGCAUGGCUUUUGAGCUAGCAACUGGAGAUUAUCUGUUCGAGCCUCACUCUGGAGAGGACUAUUCACGGGAUGAGGACCACAUCGCUCUGAUCAUGGAGCUCCUUGGGAAGGUCCCACGCAAAGUGGUUGCUGCUGGGAAGUACAGCCGAGAGUUUUUCUCCAAGAAAGGUGAACUGCGACACAUCACAAAACUGAAGCCCUGGUCAUUGUUCGACGUGCUGGUGGAGAAGUACGGCUGGUCUCAUGAAGACGCAGGCCACUUCACCCACUUCCUCCUGCCCAUGCUGGAGAUGGUGCCUGAGAAGAGGGCCUCCGCCAGCGAAUGCCUCAACCACGCCUGGCUCAACUCGUAGCUACAAACCACGAACGGAUGUCCUUGUCCCCUAUGUCCCCACGUCCCUGAAACAGUUACCCCAAAUGUUGCUCUGUGGACGGCCUGUGGAACAACAGUAGAAAACGGAGCAGAAGACAAAGAGAAAGACUCCCCUCCUGUCCAGUCCCAGACAUUCUGCCGUACUCGCUUAUCUGUCUAUGUUAAACUCCCUCCAUCUUUUCCCCAAUGGAAUGUAUAGACAAGCUGAUGGAGAUAACGUGACAUAGUAAAUGUGUCUUCCUUAACGUCUCCCUCGGUUGAUUUAAGGACGGAUGCCACUCACGUCGUACAAAGAAUCUGAAAAAUGCGUCUCCCUCUUCUCUCUUGGGGUUGUCGCGGGUCAGACAUUUCCAUCAAUUUAUCUCUCGUAAACUCACAGAACGACCUGUUUGGACUCUGGAGAUGCCACUGAUAGCUGCUGAUGCUCUCAAAUGUGACCGCACAGUGAAGGAGAGAAGCAUUACAGAUGUCCCAGAGUUCCAUCUGCCACAAACUUUGGCCAGGCAGGGAUUUUAAAGACAGCAAUGAGGUCAUGUCAUGGGAGAGAAUUAGCAUAUGUGCCUGUUCUCGAGACCUGCCUCCAUCGACUCUCAAACCCAACAUAUUGGAUGAGAAGUUUACACCUAGAUAUCUUCCAAGUAUCCAAACCCAAAAACCGUCUUUCUCUGUUUGGGUGCCUACUCUCUGCCCUCCUACAAGAGCCGCGUAACUCCUGCUGGAGGUUGUUGCAGAGACCCGGAGGACAGCCACUCCUUUGGGGGCACAAUAACGACAGAUGCCACUCUGACAAAGACUGAUUGAAAAUGUAUGGUAUGAGAAAUAAAGUUAAAAAAAAAAAAACUCAAGUGCAAUCUGAUGAGCGUUGGUGAGGACUGCUUGGUGUUAGUGGACUAUUUUUACAAUGCAUGGGGAGACUGAUGGAUGAGCAUGAGAGGAUACAGACCAAUGAAGAGAGGAGUCAUGGUUUUACUCGCACAUUUUACCGGUUUCAUCGCCUAUUUUGGAGAUUUUAGUCAGAGAGAUUUACCUGGACGUUGCCGUGGCGCUCUGAUGACAGAUCUGUUAAUAACUUUUGUUCCUUUUAGCUUCAACAUUCCUAAUCCAUGGUUUUGUUUCCUUCAUUCCCUACGUUAAGUUACAAGAACAAAUCUGUAAAGUCGUCAGUACUAACGCCUCAUCCCAUUUACAGAGACCCUUCAAACCCUGAGCUUUUUUCCAGUAAGAAGACAGUCACAUGGAGGUUGCACCUGUCUUUGUAAAAUCAGUCUGGAAAUUGAAAUAUUUGUACAUAAAAGUCUGAUAUAGCAAAUCUGAAAUAAAGAAGAACUAAAGGACAAAGACCGAGCGUCAUUCCAACAACAACAACAUGCGGUUGUCGUUGGCACAACUUGACAACCUCUAGAGAGCGUAGGCUUGGAGAAUGCCUAUACUGAACAGAGCCACCCGGUGGACUAAAGAGAGUACUGCAACUUCACAACCACCGCUGCUGCUGCUGCUCUCAGUGCCAACGCUAGUAGACGUUCAAACUUAGUAUUCACGUAAUCCGUUUCUGUUUCACACACACACACACAAAUACACACUUCCAUCACUACACUUAGUCCAGUUGCCUAUUUUUCGCAAUAAAUGAAAAAAGAUGAGUAUAAGUAAAUGGUGAGAUAUUUUUAAGAAAACUAUUUAAUUCAUUAAUAAAAAAGAGGAAAAAGAAAACAACUUUUGUCUAGUUGUUGUAACUGUGACAGAAUCUUCGUCUUAUACUGAGGUGAUUGUGUUCGUCCAUUAGAUAUUUAUUUCAUAUUAUUAUAAUUGCUAUUAUUAUUAUUAAAAAAUAAUUUUUUACACAGUUGUCACCUGCCCUCCCACCUCACUUGAACAAUGCUGCUCUGUCUCGGCUCUUGAUUUGGAUUUUAAAAAAAAGAAGAAAAUCAACAGUUUUGCAAUAACAAGUGGAUGUUUUAUUUGAUUUUAAUUAUUUUUCCCCACCAAAACCUCCUGAUCUCACUAUUUCAGCCAUGCUGACUGUUCUGGCAGAUUCAAGUCUCUUGUCUUUGUUUUUCAUUGACAGAUUUAAUAAAAUUGUAAUUUAUUGGA